AUGAGCUCGUCGUCUCCAGACGAUCUCUCGACGCCCCCUGGGUCGCCCGACAUCGAUCCGCCCGGCGCCGCCAACUCCAACGGUCACGGCUCCACGAUCCACGUUCUUGGUGGUGCAGCACCACCGCCCGGCAACGCGCCCACGUCCGCCGCUAAAUUUAACAACACCACAACCACCUCUGCACCAGCCACCGCGGCACCCAAGAAGCCGCGCAAAAAGCGAGAGUCUGCCGCUGCCGCCAACGCAAAUGCCAAUGGCGAUGAAAAACCCAAGCGGGCUCCGCGCACCCGCGCACCCAAGGAUCCCAAUGCGCCGCCGCAGCGAAAGAAACGCAAGACUGCAGCGGAGACGGCUGCAGCCGCUGCGGCUGCUGCGCCGCCUCCGGCUCAUGUGCCUGAAGAUAAACCCGCGCCGCCUCCGCACCAGCACCAGCCCUCAGCGUCGCGGCAGCCCAAGAUCACUGAUCUGGUUGGCACAAUUCCUGCCGCACCAUCUCCGCACAUAGUCCCCAGCAACCCUGAGCCCAUUCCCAACCCUGCCGUGGCUCAUGUUGUUGCUGCAACUCCGCCCAACCCGCGCCCGGCGUCGAGCGGCCAGCUGUAUGACCCAAUUCGUUCGUCCACUGUUCCUGUGACCCAGAACCAUCAUUCAAGCAGUCUCCCUCCUGUCUCGCCGCCUGCACGCGUUGUCAAUCGUGCCAGCGCUUCGCCCUCUAUCAACAGUCUCAUCGACCCGCCUUCUGUAACAAACCAGACACACCUCGCACAACAAAAUCGAUUCCAGCCACCCAUGUCUGUUACUUCUGCACCUGCGUCGCCCGCGCUCAUCCAAGCGAAGCCAAACCCGUUCGGUCCUUCGAGUGAAACGGCUCAAGUCCACAAGCCUCCUCCGAUGCACACGACACCCAUGGAGGGCAUCGAACAGCCGCAGCCGCUACCGUCGCCUGCGCGCCACCACCAGCCGCAGCCACCGCAGCACCUUCAAGCUCAAUUGCAACCGCAACAACAGCCGCAGCCGCAGCCACAAGCCCAGCAAACCCUGCAACCCGCGCCGACUUCCAAGAAGGCAGAAUCCGCCGGGUCGUCAGGCGCACCGACCCCGCCCGCACCGCAGAAGUCCACCAAACCCAAAGAAGCCGCACCUCCUCCACUUCCGGGUGGCGGCGGUCUGCUUUCUAGCGUGCCGUUCGUUGGUUCUGCGUCUGGCAAAGACUCAUCCGCCGAGGGCACCAACAUCUGGCUUACCUUCCCACUCAAGGGCCAGACCAACGUUACCAUCAACUUUGCACGCGAAGUCGAGAAGAAGUAUGGCUUUGCCGCCCUUCACCCGCGUGUUGCCGCUGCGAGGGAGAGGAGACGCCAGAUGGCCGCUGCCGCUGCCGCUCUGGAGAGAGGGUCCGGUGCUGCUUCUGCUGACGAUAUGUCUGUUGACUUGUCGGAACCUGAGAGUAAUGUGGAGAUGGGCGGCAUGGAAGAGGAGCUCACUCAAGAAGGAAAGAAGAGACAACGGAAGAAGAAGGUCGAGGACUACGACAAAGAUGACGACUUCAUCGACGACACCGAGCUAGCGUGGGAGCAAUCUGCUCUCAUGGCCAAGGACGGUUUUUUCGUGUACAGUGGCCCUCUCAUCACCGAGGGGGAGAAGCCCUCUAUCGAGAAGAACGAUGGCAGUAAUGCACGUGGCCGUGGCAGAGGCCGUGGUAGGGGCGGUGCUACUCGUGGUGAUACUACGGCUUCUAGGGGUCGUGGAGGAGGCCGUGGAUCUCGCGGAGGCGUAACGACGCGCAAACCUCGUGUCACCAAAGCCGAUCGCGCUAUGAUGGAGGCAGAAAAGAUGGAGCGCGAGAAGAUGGCCGCUACUCUAGCCGCGAAGCCCGUUGCACCCUAUCCUGGAACCGUUUCCUAA